GCACCUGCCAGUCGAUACUUGUGAUUCCUUUCCUCUCUCUCUCUCUCUCUCUCUCUCGUUCAACCUCGAUCAUGACUUCAUACGCUGACAAGGGUGAAAAGCCGGCCGAGGGCCGCUACCUCGGCUUUGACCACUGCACCUUCUGGGUCGGCAAUGCCAAGCAAGCUGCUGACUAUUACUGCACGCGCAUGGGCUUCUCGUCCAUCGCCUACAAGGGUCUGGAGACGGGCUCGCGCGAGGUCGUGUCGCAUGUUGUAUGCCAAAACAAGAUCAUCUUCAACUUCCAGUCGGCCCUGAACCCUGGCAACGAGGAAAUGGGCGCUCAUUUGGUCAAGCACGGCGAUGGUGUGAAGGACGUCGCAUUCUCCGUCGAGGACUGCCGCGCCAUCUACAAGCGCGCCAUCGAGCGGGGCGCCAAGAGCGUCCAGGAGCCCUGGGAGGAGAGCGACGACAAGGGCACGGUUGUUUUCGCCAAGGUGCAAACCUACGGUGACACCACCCACACCUUUGUGGAGCGUACCAACUGGUCUGGCGAUGCCACCAAGGACUUUUUGCCCGGCUACAAGCCCGUCGUCUCUGAGGAUCCCAUCCAGAAGCUCCUUCCCUUCCCCAACCUCGAGGUUAUUGACCACUGCGUCGGCAACCAGCCUGAUCAGGAGAUGGAAGAUGCCGCGACCUGGUACACCAACGUCCUGGCCUUCCACCGCUUCUGGAGUGUUGAUGACAAGCAAAUGCACACCGAGUACUCGGCCCUGCGCUCGGUCGUGGUGACUGAUUACGAUGAGGUCAUCAAGAUGCCCAUCAACGAGCCUGCCAAUGGCCUGCGCAAGUCGCAGAUCCAGGAGUACGUCGACUACUAUGGUGGUGCUGGUGUGCAGCACCUGGCUCUGCGUUGCGAUGACGUCAUCACCGCCGUUGAGGCUGCCCGUGCCCGCGGUCUCGACUUUUUGAACCCCCCGGAGACGUACUACACCAACCUGCUGGAGCAGCUCAAGAGCAGCAAGGUCGUCAUCAAGGAAGACUUUGAGCGUAUCCGCGCCAACAAGAUCCUGGUCGAUUACGAUGACAAUGGCUACCUGCUCCAGAUUUUCACCAAGCCCCUGCAGGAUCGCCCCACCGUCUUUAUUGAGUUCAUCCAGCGCAACAACCACCAGGGCUUUGGCGCCGGUAACUUCAAGGCUCUGUUCCAGGCCAUUGAGCAGGACCAGGCUGCCCGUGGCAACCUCUAAGUGGCCUCUUGCGCCAGCACUGGCCCCAGGACACGCCUUGAGUUAGAAACUUACCUGCCUCGCAGCCCUUUUGUGUCCCGCGGCUUCCCCCACCGUGUCAUGCUACCCAAUCUCAGCGCACAUAUGCUCGCUCCCAACACAUCCGCCCGACCCAUUGGCACCUUUUCUCGGAAGGUUAUGGUCGUCCAGUCGGAGAGCACUGCACUCUCACCGAACCAAACCAAUUGAAUUGAUCAUGGAAAUCC